GCGCGCCAGGGAGUCGGGGCGCGGGCAGCUGGUUUCCAUUUGUACGCGGAGCUGCGGCGGAGGGCAGUGGAGCUGUGCGGCCCUCAGCCCGGCGGCGAGGCGGUGGGGCGGCAGCGGCGUGCUAGAGUCGGACCCGGGGCCGCCAGCGCCCGGAGAGGCGAGCCCGAGGGAGUGCUGGGCAGCGGCUGCCCCUGACCACAGAGCGCGGCCCCGCAGCGCCGGCAGCCGCGAGCGCGCCCGAGACAGCGAGCCGGGGGAGCGCGCGCGGACGGGGGCGCGCAGGCCCUGCCCGCCCCUUCCGUCCCCACCCCCUCUACCCCUUCCUCUCCCCCUCCCACCUUCUUCUCGCCUCCCGCGCCCCCACACCGGGCGCCCACCCUGUCCUCCUCCGGCGCGAACGCGAGAGCGGGCGGCAGCGGCGGCCGGAGCGGGCCGGGCCGGGCCGGCGGGCCGGGGGAUGGCGCUGCUGGACCUGGCCCUGGAAGGAAUGGCCGUCUUCGGAUUCGUCCUCUUCUUGGUGCUGUGGCUCAUGCAUUUCAUGGCCAUCAUCUACACCCGAUUACACCUCAACAAGAAGGCAACUGACAAGCAACCGUAUAGCAAGCUCCCAGGUGUGUCUCUUCUGAAGCCGCUGAAAGGAGUAGAUCCCAACCUGAUCAACAACUUGGAAACCUUCUUUGAAUUGGAUUAUCCCAAAUAUGAAGUGCUCCUUUGUGUGCAAGAUCAUGAUGACCCAGCCAUUGAUGUCUGCAAGAAGCUCCUUGGGAAAUAUCCAAAUGUUGAUGCUAGAUUGUUCAUAGGUGGCAAAAAGGUUGGCAUCAAUCCAAAAAUCAAUAACUUAAUGCCAGGAUAUGAAGUGGCAAAGUAUGAUCUUAUAUGGAUUUGUGAUAGUGGAAUAAGAGUAAUUCCGGACACACUGACUGACAUGGUUAAUCAAAUGACAGAAAAAGUGGGUUUGGUUCACGGGCUGCCUUAUGUUGCAGACAGACAGGGCUUCGCUGCCACCUUAGAACAGGUGUAUUUUGGAACUUCACAUCCAAGGUCCUAUAUCUCUGCCAACGUAACUGGUUUCAAAUGUGUAACGGGGAUGUCAUGCUUAAUGAGGAAAGAUGUGUUAGACCAAGCAGGAGGACUUAUAGCUUUUGCUCAGUACAUUGCUGAAGAUUACUUUAUGGCCAAAGCCAUAGCUGACCGAGGUUGGAGGUUUGCAAUGUCCACUCAAGUUGCAAUGCAGAACUCUGGCUCGUAUUCAAUUUCUCAGUUUCAAUCAAGAAUGAUCAGGUGGACCAAAUUGCGAAUCAACAUGCUUCCUGCUACAAUCAUUUGUGAACCAAUUUCAGAGUGUUUUGUUGCCAGUUUAAUCAUCGGAUGGGCAGCCCAUCAUGUAUUCCGAUGGGACAUUAUGGUGUUUUUCAUGUGUCACUGCCUGGCCUGGUUUAUAUUUGACUACAUCCAACUCAGGGGCGUCCAGGGAGGCACACUGUGUUUUUCCAAACUUGAUUAUGCAGUCGCUUGGUUCAUCCGUGAAUCCAUGACAAUAUACAUUUUUUUGUCGGCGUUAUGGGACCCAACUAUAAGCUGGAGAACUGGUCGCUACAGGUUGCGCUGUGGAGGCACAGCAGAAGAAAUCUUAGAUGUAUAACCACAGCUCUGUGACUGUAUAUAAAGGAAAAAGGAGAAGUAUUAUAAAUUAUGUUUAUAGAUAUACUUUUAAAAAAAAUCUACCUUCAGUAGUUUUAUCACAUGUCUGUUUUGGUAUCUGUUCUUUAAUUUAUUUUGCAUGGCACUUGCAUCUGUGAAGAAAAAAAAAAAAACACAUCUGUAGUCUUGGCCAAAUGGUACACUUUAUUUUAUGGAAGUAGAGAAUCAAGAGAAUUGGUUCUAGAAACCCGGGUUUGUAUUUUUUUGUUGUUGUUUAUUUUUUUAAAUGAAUACACACACACACACACACACACACACACACACAUAUAUAUAUGAAUGUUCUGCAACAGACACUAUGACAGUAUCCUUCAGUAGAGAAAGUUUCUUAUUUGGGAGUAGUACUCUCUUUUAGAACAUUCGUCAGUGGGAUGGCAACAGCUCUGGGGCUUUAGAAAAGGCAAGAAGAGAGUGACUUCUGAUGUCUACAGUGAAUAGCAAUAUGCAGUGAACAACCCACGCAAGGUACUAAUGGAGAAACUUUUUCGUGCUUUAUGCCUACCUCUUGUAGUUGUUGCAGAGCAAAUAUAAGUUGUAAUAAGGUAGCUAGGCCUUGCAAAAACAAACAAAAACUUUUAAAAAUAAUAAUAAUAUAAGAGCUGGAAUCUAGUAUUUAUAUGAAUCUGUGAGAGAGAUUUUUUGGUCUCACUGCAAUGAACCAAAAGUAGCUGAGUUUGGUUUUUACUUACAGCCAUGGACUGAAGGCAUGUUUUUGACCAACGCUUGUUGGUUCUGUCUUGAACCAUUGUUAAUCACUGUGCUGUAAUUAGUAUAGCUGAAUAUUUCCUUCCCUGCUCCUCAUCCAGCUCACCCCAACUUUCCUCAACUUUUUUCCGGGGCCGGGGGUGGGGGAGGGGGGUUGGAGGGUGGUUUUGUUUUAGCGUGAGUGGAUGUUUUGAUAGUUGUAAGGAAAAAUGCAUUUCAGACACAUUUCACACAUGAGCUAUUUUCUUACAUAGUACAUCUUACUGUUAAUAAGAAUGUAAUUUCAUGAUACAGGUAUUUAAUAUCUUUUUUAAGUAUAUAAAUAGCCGUCAAAAACUUGCAGUAGAGUUCAUUGAGAUGGGGAUAGGAUGAGAUUUACUCUUAAUCUGUAUUGAACUAAGUCUACUGUGUGUUUUUUUUUUACUGUUAUAAUUUGUCUAGUCUUAUUUAAAUUGGAUUUUUGUAUUCCAGUUUCUAUGAUUACAAUAGACUAGAUCCAAGCUCAUUGUAAAUGCAUGCUGUGCUUCCUUCUGCUUGUCAGGUUGUACUCAACUUGUGGUGAACUGGACUUGUUUUGUUUUUUAAUGUAAGGAAAAGUGCAUAAGCCUUUCAUUUGAUAUUCUCUGUGGUCUUUGGCCCUCCCUUGGGGCCUGCAUGGCAUAUUGUCCCAGUAAAUGCCUCCAGCAAGGCUCUGUACUGGCAAUGCGGCAGCUUUCAACUUUAAGCACCUGCACUUCCCCAUGUCCAAGCAUCAUGUGUGGCAUAUCAGCAAUAACUAGGUAUUUAUAGAAAACCAACACUUUUUCACUCACUGAGCCAAUCCAUUUGAUUGUCUAACGACUAGACCCAUGGUUUAAAUUGCAAUACAUCUAUAAAUGUGGAUAUACUAUGUAUACACAUUAUAUUCAACUUUUUCUCUGGGCCAAACUGCUUUAAGUUUUGAAUUUGUUUUUUAUGUUUUUUUUUUCUUUUUUGCCUUAUGAUGAAUUUGUUUGAAGGGCAUUUUCUUCAUGAACAAAGGCUUGGAUGCAUAUUCCUUUUUCUCUGUGAAAUGGGUAGCAUUGUUCCCUGAGCAAAGUUGCACAUUGAAAGCCAGUCUAGUUGUGAUCCACUACAUGUUUAUUUUUGUUAGUCAUUGUGUCAUGAGUCGCGUUUUGCUGCCCAUGUUGGUAACUGAUUCAUUGGAUGAAGUUUGGUUGAUGCCAUUCCUUGCACUGCCAAUGUGAAAAUCUUGCUUGUUACUUACUUUUUGCUAAUCUCAGUAUGGGCAAUGUAACAACAAAACUAAAAUGGCUGGACAGACUUCUUGUAUUUUGUAAAUAUUUACAAAAAAGUAUAUAUAUGUGUGUGCUUUAUGUGAUAGUGGAGUAUUUCCUUUAAGUGAAGCUUCACAUGGGCAGACAGAGUGAUUCUUUGUUUAGCAAGUUUGGAGUGAUGUUAAAAUGUCAGGAAUAAUAAACAUGCUAAAGCAAGUAUCAUGACAGAACCGUAAAAGUCCAAAUUUAAUAAACUGAAAAAAAAUCUCUAUACUAUGCCAUGUUUUAUUAUUUAAAAUCAUUGUCUUAAGUUUUUUGUUCAAAAAAUAAAAAUUUGAAUACAA